AUGGGGAGACCCAAUCUUCGGCGGCGAGCCCCUAUCGGCGAAAAGCUAGAUGACAUUGAUCGUAAUAGCCCGCCACGCGAGAGUUUGCGCGUCCCUUCCUCCGACUCGCUCGAUGCCGGCUAUCUCACCACUGUCCCGGAUUCCAGAUGUGCUCUACUUGUCAAUGUUCUUCAAAUCGCCCACAAGGAUCACAAGAUUCACAAGCUUAACAAGGAUCCUGAGGAGACUAAAAGUCUCCCUAGCAAGAAAUUUUCCACCAAAGGCCGCUGCAUAAUCACCAUUUCCAGACUAAGACCCAACAAAACUCAACUUGCAUAUUGUGAGACUCAAGUUUGCGAUGUUAUCGCGUCCAACAAUACCGCAGGUCCUCAUCGAGUCAUCUAUAUCGUCUUACCUAGGCCUUUCUUCAUUUGCGAAGAAAAUAUUUUCAUUAAUCGAACGGCGGACGGUAACUUUGGCUUGCCAGAGCCCUACAGCCUCAGACUCGAGUUAGAAGCUUCAUACAACCAAUAUUGGCCGCCAUCAGGUGUGGAUAACUGCGGCACCUCCGCACCCUCUCCCCCCCUCUUCUCGAUUUACGGUGAAGAAUCGGUCCUCUCAAACCAGUUCAACCAGAUUUCCGGCAGGCAUUUCUUAUCUUCAUUUACGAUCACCCGCGAAGUCCUGGUUCCUACUGAUUAUACCAUGGAAAUUGACGUUAUCCAAACUUCGCGAGAGACAUAG